AUGUGAUUGUGAGAGAAUUUUGCAUUUUUGUUUAUUUGUUUGUGUGAAAGUGUGUGUUUGUGUGUAUUGUGCGUUAUACAAAUUGUGCAGAAUUUUAAAAUCGAACAUCUUUAUGAUCGUAGGCGUUGUGGUCAAUAAAGUGAAUGGUAAUAAAACAUCAAUCAAAUCAUUAUGAAUUUAAAGUGAUGUGCAGUGAUUAUUUGAUAAGUCACUAUAUCUCAAAAAGUUAGCAUCCGAGCUCCUUGUUUGUGAUUAAGGACGAACACAAAUGUAUAUCAAGUAGAGAUGGCCUCAACCCAGGGUGAGAUUAGAGUUGGUCCCGGGCACCAGGUAAAAGACAUAUAUGCUCGCCUCCCUGAUUACCGCCCGGGAAUACCAGCCGAUCAACUCCAGCCAGAUCCGGAAUUCUUGAAGGAGCGCGAAGAGCUGCGAUGGGUGCCGCAGAUGACACUGGACAGUGACCUACUUAUGUACUUGAGGGCGGCGAGGUCCAUGGCCGCGUUUGCAGGUAUGUGUGAUGGCGCCUCUCCAGAUGACGGUUGUGUUGCAGCAAGUAGGGAUGAUACCACCAUUAAUGCUCUCGAUGUGCUACAUGAUUCAGCAUAUGAUCCUGGUAAGGCUUUACAGGCACUAGUUAAAUGUCCAGUGCCAAGAGGGAUUGAUAAAAAGUGGACUGAAGAAGAAACGAAGCGGUUCGUUAAGGGAUUGCGGCAAUUCGGUAAAAAUUUCUUUAGGAUAAGAAAAGAUCUGCUGCAGCAUAAAGAAACGUCUGAGUUAGUCGAGUUCUAUUAUCUUUGGAAGAAAACUCCGGGUGCUAACAACAAUCGACCACACAGACGGCGUAGGCAAGGUUCUUUACGCCGUAUUCGGAACAAUAGGAAUACCAGGACUGGAACGCCGAAGGAACCUGUCCCAGAAGUAGCAACACAGGAAGUUACAGUAUCUCCUCAACCCACUUCAAAUCCUAAAGAACUUGGUGAAACAAGCUCGGUCACUGAAGAUGAUAAUUCUGAAGAUGAUAGUGACUCAAGGGACUUUGUAUACAGAUGUCAACACUGUUUCACAACUGAUUCAAGAGAUUGGCAACACAAUGGUACUGGGAAAGAUCGAACGCUACUUUGUAGUGAAUGCCGAGCGCAUUUGAAGAAAACUGGGGAAUUGCCUCCUCUACCAGCAUCUGUACCUGGAACACCUUCUAUACCAACAAGUUCUUGUGGAAAGAAUUUGAAUGAUUCUUCAUUUUUGUUCCGGCCGGUUGAAACUGAAAGUCCGAGUGAUUCACCUAGUCGGAUGCGAACUAGAAACAAGGCAGCAAAAGAACAACCUGCACGUGCUCGACCUAAACGCGGAAAUGGUACUGAAUCAGAGUCAAAUGAAACUUAUGAUAAGCCUAUAAAAUCACCAGCAAAACCUGGUACUAACAGUUGUACCAAUUCACCUAAUGACAAAGUAGCUACUGCAGCUUCAGGUAAACGUAAAUCAUCUAGUGGCAAAUCUGAUGCCAAUAGUAAAGGUAGAAAAAGGCUGCAGGAUAAAAUUGAUGGUGAAACAGAUGUGGACGAUAAGGAUAUGGCUUUGUUCAAAAGAAAACGUGCUGAUCGUCCAGAUAGCCCAUCUGAGAGCCUCACCACAGAUAGCGGUUCUGUUGUGGAUGAUGUUGACAAUACAGAAAAUGAAGUGGAUACCUCAGAGGCAAACAGCACAUCUGUAGUUGAUACGCCUAAAGUGGAAGAUAGCGAGUCAAGUGCUGAAGCUAGCAAGGUUGUAGUUACACCUCCUGUUAAUUCUGAAAAGGGUAGUAUGAAGAUUGCCUUGACACCUGAUCCAUUGAUUAUAAAGAAGGAAGAUCCUGAUAGCAAGUACAAAAAAGAUUUUGAUAAUGCAAUACAUCCCAUUUUUAUUAAUAGAGAUGAUAUCAAGAAGUUUGAUGAAGAUAUCAAGGUAAAGGACAUAGUUAUUAAAACUGAAGACCCCUUAUGUGACGUUAAACCUACUGUGCUUCUUGAGUGCAAAUCAGAGUUGAUUAUCCCUAAGGUAAUGGUAGAAGAGAAUUUCAAAGAAGGCAAAGUUGUAAUAAAGGAAGAAAUUGAAACAUCAAAUGAAGCGUCUGUAUUUUCUACUGCAAAGGAUGUUGAUGAUAACCAGCCGUACAAUAAUGCAAAUCAGAAAGUAUAUAAUACAAUAAAUACAAGUGUAGGCCCACAAAAUUUGAAUAUCAAGGAUCAUAAUGCGUAUCAGAUAGAUGAAUUAUCUCAUAAUUUAUCAGCAUCCUCACCUGUGAAGGAAGAUUUGCUGAUGAAUAAAAAACAUGUCAUAAAAGAAACAACGCCAACAAAACAAAUUACAAAGGAAUUAUUUUCUGUCACUCCUCCAGUAUCACAACAUUCUCAGAAUUUGUCAGUGAAGGAAGUUCAAAGUCAUGCUAAUAAAAGUGAAUAUUUCCAAACUGUUGAGCAAGAAAGGGAUAAUUCACAUAUUAAUCCAAAUGCACCAGCAAAUGCUGUUAUAAAACUUGAACCACGUGACAAAGAUGACGCUAUUGAAUUGACUAAUCCUGGUGUAAGGUUGAUGGAAAAUAUGUAUGUUCCUAACUCGAACUCCAAUGUGAUAUUAAAUAUGAAUAUUUCAAAUAUACAAAGACAUCCAUCUCCUAUGUCUAUGCACAAAGUUCCAACUUUUCCUCCUGUUAAUCAAGUAAUUAAAUCCAAUGAAAUAGAAGAGCGUUCAACAACACCAACAUCACAAUCACUACGAACAGAAAUAAAUGUGCCUAUAAUAAAACCGGAAACAAAUUUGCAGGUUCUUCCUACAAGGACUGAGUCAAGCAUUUGUGCCCCAGUGGCUCCAUUAAAUCUGGGUCCACCACAAAUUGGUCAACCGCCAUUACCAAGCAUGAUGCAAACUGGCAACCUGGUUACAAUUGGUGGUGGAAUGUCUACAAAUCCUCCUGGGAUGCCUUCUCAUUAUGGUUACAUACAGGGAUCACCAUAUCAACCUCGAAGCAUAUCUGAUAAAAACCCAGCAUCUAUUUCGGUGUUGCCACAUAUGGUGUCAAAUGCACCUAGUAUGAUUAGCCAGAAUAAUGUGCCAACUUCUCAACCCAUAAUUAUUAACAAUAGUGAACACAUAGCUCAAAUGAAUCAAAAUGAGCCUCAAAAUUUGAAAAUAAAGCAGGAAAUUCGAGAUCCUUCGCCCUCGAUGCAUCAGCCUAUUGCUACGCCUCCUGCACACCAACAUCCAGAAAAUGUGCCUCAAGGAUUAAUAGAUCCUUUGCAGUCUCUCAAAGAUGUAAAAGUACCUGGUUUUGCUUUAAGUUCAAAUCCUAGUAUAUCUCAGCCACUGCCCAGUAACAAUAGUUCUACAAAUAAUAUUUUAUCAAGUUCAGGCCAUAUUCAAGAGCCACUUGAUAUACGAUCACAGAGCAAUAAUGCAUUUUUAGCACCAACUAUUGAUAUUAAAAAGGAACCUGAAUUUGGUAAUUCACAAAAUCAUCAUGGGUCAAGUCAACAUCAAGUUGGACAAAAUCCUCCAGCUGCGCAUACUCCUUCUAUGAAGAGUCCUCAACCAUCACAAGUGAAACUUACUCCUUCCAGUACUCCUCAAGGUUCUUAUCAUAACUCUGCUUACCAACCAUCAACUCCGCCGAUAUCCAGGCAUUUGACAACACCACCAAUUUCCCAGUCUUUGACUAUGACUCAUCCAGCCAUAAAUCUAAUUAAUCCCAACCCAUCUCCUUUGCCACCACCUACAUCAAUUCCUGGACCUGUUAUGCAUCCAUCUCAACAGCCUAGCCCUCAUCCUCACCCAUUCCCAGGGCCUUUACACCAUCCUCAUCAUGCACUGAUACAUCAUCCAUUGUUUGCUGCGGCAGCCGCUGCUCAUGCAAUGCAUCCUUAUCAUGCACAUGCUUAUGCAUAUCCUUUUCCUUAUCCAUAUCCUUAUGGCCCAAUUCCGCAACCUCAUCCUAUUCCUCCACCCCAUAAUCCUCCAUCCAGUACUCCAAGCAGACAUGAGUCAGCUUUAGCUUUGCCCAAAUCUAGUUCAAUUGAAUCCACUACAAUGAUGACGUCGCAUCAUAGUUCUAGUUCUUCCGUUACAACUCGUUCAUUACGUGAAAUACGUGAGACGACUGAAGAUCCUCAGAAUCCUAAUAAUCCAACUUCAGAGAGGCAUCAAACACAUGAAACUACUAUGAUGCAUCAUCAUUCUACAAGUCAUCAUAGUUCAGUUCAUACAAGCUCUGAAAAACAACCGAAUUAUGGAGGAACAAAUCAUUCAUUGACUAUUUCACAUUCCACAUCGAGCAGUACCUCUCAGACUGUGCAGCAUAAAAUAAAUACGCAACAGAAGACAAGUGUUCGAACAAGUUCUCCUCAUGCUCAUGCGUCUGCUAGUUUGUCGCAAAGCACAUCAUCUAGUAUUAAUAUGCCAUCAAGUCAUUCGCACCAUCAUACGCAUCAUCAUGCUCACCAUCACGAGAGACUUUCUCCUGCAAAUCAAUUGCUAGUACCACCAAGCAUAAGGCAUCAUCCUCAUGGUAAACCUUAUGUGAGUAAUAGUCAUCUAAUGGUGCAGCCUCCAAAUAUGAGCCAUCAUGGACCUCUUGGUCCUCCAACGAUGGCUGGAAGUUCUCUGGAACAACUUAGAGCUCACGCACAAGCUGCUCAAAUGCAACAAAAUAUGCCUUCCCAGAUGCAUCCUCCUCCAAGUUCUCCACAACAAAUUCAACCUCCACAUGGUCAUGGAAAUCAUCAUAGGCCAUCACAUAUGUCUGAGGAAAUGAAGCAAGAACCUCAUGACUCCCGAACACCAGAUGUAGACCCUCAUUCGGGGCAAAUUAAUUUAGAAGAGGAAGAGGUACCAAGUCCAUCACACAUUCAAAGAGGUCCUAGUCCUGAACCAAAAAUAGAAGAUACUGAAUGCCAUCGCUCUCAAUCUGCAAUUUUCUUACGGCAUUGGAAUCGCGGUGACUACAAUUCAUGUACUCGUACUGAUUUAAUUUUUAAACCUGUCCCUGAUUCAAAAUUAGCUCGAAAGCGGGAAGAGAGGCUUCGCAAGCAAGCAGAGAGAGAAAGGGAGGAGAGGGAGAAAGUUGUACAACAAGCACAAGCCAGAAAGAUUGCAACACCUGAGAAACCGGACAUCAAGCCACCAUCUAGAGGACCAAUUGAAACAAUUACAUCACCUUAUGAUAGGUUUCCACGUCAAGGUUAUCCUGAUACUCCAGCUUUAAGACAGCUGUCUGAAUAUGCUCGGCCGCAUGCAGGCUUCAGUCCAGGCAACUUGCAAAGAGGAGCUGCUUUGGGAAUAUCACCUCACUGUAUCGAUCCUAUGUUACAGUACCAACUCAAUACAAUGUAUGGUCCUGGAGCAAGAGAAAGGUUGGAGUUAGAGCAUAUAGAGCGCGAGAAACGAGAACGUGAAUUAAGAGAACUUCGAGAACGGGAGCUGAAUGAUAGGCUUAAGGAAGAACUUAUGAAAAAUGCAGGUGCUGGACCAAGGUUAGGAAAUCCAAUGGAUCCACAUUGGCUUGAUCUUCAAAGAAGGUACUCUGCAGUGGGUCUUGGAUCCGGUCCUGGGGGUCCUCCACAGCCAGGAAUGCCUCCUAUGCACCAUCUUGGUCUAUAUGGGGCACCACCAACAGGACCUGGUCAACCUUCUUUGUCACAAUUGGAACGAGAACGAUUAGACAGAUUAGGAAUACCUCAUCCAGGUUCUGCUGGACCCCCUGGAAGUAUAGGUCCGAAUCCAGGUGGACCAGGUGGACCACCGUCUCAUCACCCUCAUCAUCCUCAUCCAAGUAGUGUUGCUGCUGCUCAAUUGGAAGCAGCCGAACGAAUGGCGCUUGCAACUGAUCCUAUGGUACGAUUACAGAUGGCUGGCAUUAGUCCGGAGUACCACGCUCACACGCAUGCGCAUACGCACGCGCACUCGCACACCCACCUACACCUUCAUCCUGGACAGCAGGCGGCGCAGGCACAACAGGCUCAACAGGAGAGUGCUGCCGCUGCAGCAGGUUUCCCCCUGCCAGGUACAUAUCGAACAUCUGCUUCAGCAGGUUACCCAAGGCCUAGUAUUUUGCCCAGUCGAGAAGCUGCUUUAGGUCUGCAUCAUCCGGACUUAUUGAGUAGGCCCUAUGCAGAUCAACUGGCACAUCAGGCUGUAGCCCAUGAACAUCUGCAAAGACAAAUUCUUUUAGAGCGUGAACGGUUUCCUCACCCUUCCUUAGUUCACCAUGCGCAACAUGAAGAAUUUAUGAGACAACGAGAGAGAGAAAUGAAAGUUCGCGCAUUGGAAGAAGCUGCUAGAGGCUCCCGUUCAUAAACAACAAUCGUGAUAAUUAAAAAAUUCUAAUAUAAUUCUUGAACUUUGGAAUUAUUUUUUUAUGACAAAAAUAUAAUAGUUAAGAGAUUUAUAUUUAAAAUGCAACUAAUUUCCUAGUUAUCAGGAAAUUUUCCAUUAUGUAAAAGAAAGAUUUCAAUACUUAAUAUAAGAAAAAUUAGACUUAAAUAUUUAAAUUAGCAAUAGUUUAAUUCUAUUUGGC